CGGUCCGCUUCCCCCGCUUCGGCCCCGCAGACAUGUCGGGGUUCAGCCCGGAACUUAUCGACUACCUAGAAGGGAAAAUCUCCUUUGAAGAGUUCGAAAGGCGCAGAGAAGAGAGGAAAACCCGGGAGAAGAAAAGUCUUCAGGAAAAAGGAAAAUCAUCACCCCAAGGAAACCCAGAUGAUUCUGAAGUCCCAUCAUCAUCAGGGAUCGACUCUGCCAAAUCCCAGGACAAAGAUGCCAAUGAAGGAGAAACAUCAGAUGGAGUGAGUAAGUCAGUUCACAAAGUCUUUGCUUCCAUGCUUGGAGAGACUGAAGAUGAUGAAGAGGAAGAGGAAGAAGAGGAGGAGGAGGAGGAGACACCCGAGCAACCCACUGCAGGCGAUGUGUUUGUGUUGGAGAUGGUUCUCAACCGUGAAACCAAAAAAAUGAUGAAAGAGAAGAGGCCUCGGAGUAAACUUCCCAGAGCCCUGAGAGGUCUCAUGGGUGAAGCCAAUAUUCGCUUUGCUCGAGGAGAACAUGAAGAGGCAAUAUUGAUGUGCAUGGAAAUCAUAAGACAAGCUCCUUUGGCUUAUGAGCCAUUCUCUACACUUGCCAUGAUAUACGAGGAUCAAGGUGACAUGGAGAAAUCAUUGCAGUUUGAAUUGAUUGCUGCACACUUAAAUCCCAGUGACACAGAAGAAUGGGUUAGGCUGGCAGAAAUGUCUCUGGAACAAGAUAAUAUUAAGCAGGCUAUUUUUUGUUAUACAAAAGCUCUUAAAUAUGAACCUACUAAUGUUCGUUACCUGUGGGAGAGAUCAAGCCUUUAUGAACAGAUGGGUGAUCAUAAAAUGGCCAUGGAUGGUUAUAGGCGUAUUUUAAAUCUUUUGUCUCCAUCUGAUGGAGAACGUUUUAUGCAGUUGGCCAGAGAUAUGGCAAAGAGUUAUUAUGAAGCCAAUGACAGUGCUUCAGCUAUAAACAUAAUUGAAGAAGCUUUCUCAAAACAUCAAGGCUUAGUCUCCAUGGAAGAUGUGAACAUAGCAGCUGAAUUAUAUAUUUCCAACAAGCAGUAUGACAAAGCUUUGGAGGUAAUUACAGAUUUUUCUGGAAUUAUCCUAGAAAAGGAAACUUUGGAAGAAGGCACUUCAGAAGAGAAUAAAGCUGCUGAGACCGUUACCUGCUCUAUACCUGAUAGUGUGCCAAUUGAUAUCACGGUGAAGCUGAUGGUCUGCCUGGUGCAUCUCAAUAUCCUUGAGCCACUCAAUCCUCUGUUGACAACACUGGUGGAACAGAAUCCUGAAGAUAUGGGCGACCUCUAUCUUGAUGUUGCUGAAGCUUUUCUGGAUGUUGGUGAAUAUAAUUCUGCACUUCCCCUGCUCAGCGCGCUGGUUUGCUCUGAAAGAUACAACCUUGCAGUGGUUUGGCUUCGGCAUGCAGAGUGUUUAAAGGCCUUGGGCUACAUGGAACGCGCUGCUGAAAGCUAUAGUAAAGUGGUUGACCUGGCUCCACUUCAUUUGGAUGCAAGAAUUUCCCUUUCCAUCCUUCAGCAGCAGCUAGGCCGCCCCGAGAAAGCCCUGGAAGCUCUGGAACCCAUGUAUGACCCAGAUACUUUAGCCCAGGAUGCUAAUGCCGCACAGCAGGAACUGAAGUUACUGCUUCAUCGUUCUACUCUAUUAUUUUCACAAGGCAAAAUGUACGGUUAUCUGGAUACCUUAUUGACCAUGCUAGCCAUGCUUUUAAAGGUUGCGAUGAAUAGAGCCCAAGUUUGUUUGAUCUCCAGUUCCAAGUCUGGAGAAAGGCACCUUUACCUUAUUAAAGUGUCAAGAGACAAAAUAUCAGACAACAAUGAGCAGGAAACAUCAAAUUAUGAUGCAAAAGCAAUAUUUGCUGUACUCACAAGUGUCCUGCCAAAAGAUGACUGGUGGAACCUUCUCUUGAAGGCCAUAUACACUUUGAGUGACUUAUCACGCUUCCAAGAAGCUGAAUUGCUUGUCGAUUCUUCACUGGAAUAUUAUUCAUUUUAUGACGACAGACAAAAACGCAAAGAACUAGAAUACUUUGGUCUAUCUGCUGCAAUUCUGGACAAAAAUUUCAGAAAGGCAUAUGACUAUAUCAGGGUGAUGGUAAUGGAAAAUGUCAAUAAGCCCCAGCUGUGGAAUAUUUUCAAUCAAGUUACCAUGCAUUCCCAAGAUGUGAGACAUCAUCGCUUCUGUCUCCGUCUGAUGCUGAAAAACCCUGAUAAUCAUGCCCUGUGCGUUCUAAAUGGACACAAUGCUUUUGUAUCUGGGAGCUUCAAACAUGCACUUGGACAGUAUGUACAAGCCUUCCGUGCCUAUCCCAGCGAGCCUCUCUACAACCUCUGCAUAGGCCUGACCUUUAUUCACAUGGCAUCUCAGAAGUACGUGCUCAAGAGACAUGCCCUGACUGUGCAGGGCUUUUCUUUCCUUAAUCGAUACCUCAGCAUACGUGGACCUUGCCAGGAAUCUUUCUACAAUUUGGGCCGUGGCCUUCAUCAACUGGGACUGACUCACCUUGCAAUCCACUACUACCAGAAGGCUCUGGCACUGCCUCCACUUGUGGUCGAGGGGAUAGAAGUUGACCAGUUAGACCUUCGAAGAGAUAUUGCCUACAACAUGUCUCUCAUUUAUCAGAGCAGCGGAAACACUGCAAUGGCUCAAAAGCUUUUGUAUACGUAUUGUGUUAUAUAAGCAGCGUAACUGAGAAAACGGCUGCAUGGACCAGUAUCUUCUUUCGACUGAGACUACUAUUCUUGAUGAUAAAAAUGGUGCUGUCUUCACUGCUAGCUAUGCUACAACUGUACCUUUGAAGCUGGGGGUGUGGCUUGGCUGUAAGGUGCCUGCCUGCUUUGUAUGCACAAGGCCCAGAUUCAAGCCACAGGCCUUUGGAAAACUGAAGCACCGCUUUUAUCUCUGGAAUAUAAGCAAAGUUAUCAUUCCUGUGAGAAUGUACAUACUAUUUUGUCAUUUCCCUUUAGCAUUCUGCAAUAAAAUUCUUCCCAACGCUGAAGUGGACACUUUUAGCAUCUGAGUCAGUUGGAAUUGAACUUAUUUUUCCAAUUUGUCCUUGAGGCAUUUCAGAAUACACUACUGAGAUAGUCACCAUGGGGCACAAUUAUUUAUAUAUUUAUUUUCUUGUGCUAUAUAUUGAACCCAGAACCUUGUACCAUGCUUAGCAAGCAGUGUUCUACUCCUGAGCUACACCCUCAGUCUGCACAGUUCUUAAAGUGUGGACAUAUAUUUCCUUGAAGGCAAUAUAUGCUACAUUCUUAUAUAGUAUCUUCACCAUCCAAGUACAGCAAGGCUGCUUGUUAAAGGAAAACAAACGGGGACUCUUACGGUAAUGUAAUUACUUAUAGUAAAUACCUAACAAAACUAUUUAAGGUGGUUUUAUGGUAGGAAGACAAUUGAUUUAUUUCACUUUCAUCUGUAUGUUAGUUUCAGAGUGUAAGCCUUGCAACUGGGCUUAAUUCAAAGCGCAGUGCUACAAGGCAGAACAGUCAAUAUAUCUGCUUCCCAGAAUAGAAAAGGGAUGGUCGUGUUCACAUGUAAUAUGUUGUACUCUCAAGAUUGGGGAGCAUGGGUAUAUGGAAUUGGGUUGAUAAAGAUUUUUUGCUUCAUUACAUGUUCUUGAAUCUCAGAUAUAAAAACAUUUGCUAGGUUUUUAGUGGAAAAUAAGUGCUAUAAUGUGUGACUGAUUCUAAGCCCAGUUCAGCUGUAAAAGGAAACAAGUGUUGAGACUGAAGGUCAAACAAUGGAGACUUUUUAGUUUUUACCACUCUUUAUAGUGCUUUCCACUUGAGAAGCAGAAUUUGUAUGUAAUUAGAAAUGCAGUUUGUAUCCUGUAUCUAUCUAUAAAUAAAUCCUUUUUAAUUA